AAUCACCACGACGACGGCCAGAAAAAGAAGAAAAAGGUCAAAGAAAAGGGAAAUUAAAAGAGGGAAGUUCAGCGUUUUUAUUUUUUCCCCUUUUGGUUUAUGGGUUUGGUUCUCUCUCUGUAGAUUUUAUCGUUCGAUCUUCUGUUAUCACUUGGUUGAUCAGUGAAUGCUGAUUUUUAAUGCAGGGUUAUUAUGCCAGUGCUCACUGCUUGAGCCACUUGGACAGGUUGUGAAGUAGGAAUGAGCUCCGUUUAUUAGUUGUUAUGGUUGGUUGUGAGUUAUGGCUGGCAGUACGAGAUUUGAGUUAACUUCAAGUAGCCCGGAGGGAUCGUCCUUUGCUGCCACCUAUUCAAAUGGACAACGGGGCAACUAUUCUGCUGCCAAUCUGGAUAGGCCGAGGAGCUUCCGUGAGGGAAUGGAAAACAGGAUGCUAAGUUCUGGUCCGGGGUCGUCCAGAGGGAGUAAUACCUUGUCAGCAAGCAUGCCUCCCUUGUCCCAGUGUUUGUUGUUGGAGCAAGUUCCUCUCAGCGAUCAGAAAUUAGCUAGUGCAGUACAGCUAAGGAGGGCUAUGGGUGUUAAUAUUGGAAACACCUCCGAGGACCAUUCUGUUGGAGCUGCCCACUCCAAGGUUCCUCCUUCCGUAGCAAUAGAGGAUCUAAAACGUGUCAAAUUAUCUAUUUCUGAUGCCCGUAGUAAGGCGAGGGAGAGACUGAAAACUUUGGAUGACUCUAUUAUAAAAUUGGACAAAUAUUGUGAUGACUCAAGGAAGAAACAACGGAAUGAACUCUUAUCAAGCGAAAGGUCAGGUGGGACAAAUUUGUCGAAGAUGGGGGGACAGAUUCAAAACCGUCCGGGUCUUGUAACACAAAGGAUGGAGGAGAGGACUAAGAAUGCUGUUCCGAAUAAGAGAGUUCGUACAUCUGUUGCAGUUGCAGAAGUACGGGCAGAAGGUCGGAAUUCUACCCUUUCGAGGCAACCUGGGCUCAUUGAAAAGGAAAGGGAUGUGCUCAGGGCUGGUAAUGGGGGUUCUGUUCUUGUUGAAGAAAAGAUCCGUGGACUUCCUGCUGGAGCGGAAGGGUGGGAGAAAAAGAUGAAAAGGAAACGUUCUGUUGGUACAGUUGUUACUAGAGGUAUGGAUGGUGACAGAGAGGUUAAACGAGCAAUGCAUCAGAAGCUUAAUAGUGAUCCUAGGUCUCGAUCUUGUGAUGCCCAUGGUUUCAGAUCCGGAACUGCGAAUGGAAUUACUGGAAUGAAUAAGUUGGAAGGUGCCUCACAGCCUACUACUUCCAAUGCCCGUGUAUUAUCCAGGAACGAGCUGGAAAGUGCUUCUAUCCCCCGAGAUCGUGCAGCUGGGCUGGAUAAGGAGAGAGUUGUAGCGAAGGCAAACAAUAAGCUAAAUAUUCGCGAGGACAGUCAGUCAGGCAGCCCUAGUGCAGUGACAAAAGGAAAGGUUUCGAGGGCACCAAGAACUGGUUCUAGUUCUGGUUCUGGUUCUGGUUCUGGUUCUGGUUCUGUUGUGGUGACAACCUCAUCUCCUAACUUCCCUCGCUCAUCUGGAGUUCUUGAUGCUUGGGAGCAGCCACCAAGCAUAAACAAAGCUCAGUCUGUGAGUGGAACAAACAACCGCAAGCGUCUGCCUACGGGAUCAUCUUCUCCACCUAUGGCCCAAUGGUUUGGUCAGAGGCCACCAAAAAACUCACGUACAAGGAGAGCAAAUCUAGUACCUCCUGUUUCAAACACUGAUGAAGCUCAGAUAUCAUCAGAAAGCUUUCCACCUUCUGAUAUUGGUGGUAGAUUAAAUUCUAAUGAGCCCAAUGGAUCAGUACUUGCUAGGGGUGCAUCUAAUAACACACAACAAUGUAAAAUGAAGCUUGAAAGUGUUCCAUCUCCUGCUAGAUUAUCUGAAAGUGAGGAAUCAGGAGCUGGUGAAAACAAAUUCAUUGAGAAAGGGCUGGAUAAUACUGAGUUAGAGGACAGAGGCAUAAAUGCAGUUCAGAAAGUUGGACCAUUCUCAUUGCCUACAAAGAAGAAUAAAAUAUUUGUGAAGGAAGAAAUUGGUGAUGGAGUGCGGAGACAAGGAAGGAGUGGAAGGAGUUCAUCGUUAUCGAGAGUGGGUGUCCCUCCAGUGAGGGAAAAAUCAGAGAACACAGCCACAACAAAGCCACUUCGAAGCACGAGGCCGGGUUGUGAUAAAAAUGAAAGUAGGUCAGGGCGCCCCCCGUUGAAAAAGUUGUCAGAGCGCAAAGCUUUUGCUCGCCCUGGGCAUGUGCUUAACAGUGGUUCCUCAGAUUUCAUGGGUGGUGAAUCAGAUGAUGAUCAUGAAGAACUAUUAACAGCUGCUAAUUCUGCUCAUAGUGCGAGCUAUCAUGCCUGUUCUGGUUCAUUUUGGAAGAAAAUGGAAUCAAUUUUUGCUUCUGUCAGUUCAGUGGAUGCAGCCUUUUUGAAGAAGCAGAUAAAUUUUGCUAAGGAGCUUGAUGAAAGUCUGCGUCACAUGUUUGGUGCUGACUUUAAUGUUCUGGGUGAACUUGGCAAAGAAGUCUCGUUGUCUCAACCUCCUGCUUUUGGCGAGAAGCAAGGAAGUCAACCCAAUGGAAUUGGAUCAAAUGAAUUUGAUAAGGCUGCAUGUUUGGUAGAUCAAUCACAGGGUAUUGGUACUUUAUGUGGAGGAAUAAAUGUUGAAGGAAGGUUUGACAAAGUUACUCCAUUGUACCAACGAGUUCUCUCUGCCUUGAUUGGAGAAGAUGUGGUUGAGGAAUUUGAUCGUAACAGUGAAAGCAGAAAUGUUACUUCUCAAUAUGCAAAUGAAGAUUCUCCUUCUGGUACAUGUAAUCAUGUUGACAUUGAAUCAAAAUAUAGUGAGAGAAUGGAAUCCGAUAUUGAGUCGGAAUUCGAUCCUAGGACUCAGAAACGCUCGUUUGACUUCUACUCAUGUAAUGGUAGUACUACUUCUAACAGCUUUAGGAGUACAAGCAUUUGUAAACCUUCAUAUAAUGAUGAGUUAUGGCAAGCAGAUGAUGGUUUAGUGCAUUCAGAGGCUGGUGUUGUCUCUAGGCUCAGUCAAACAAAUCUGGAAGGGCCCCAGGAUGUCCAAACAAAUAUUUCUGGCAUUUCUUCCUCUGAUUAUGAAUAUCAACAGAUGAGUCUGGAUGACAAACUUUUGCUGGAGCUGCAGAGCAUCGGCCUGUAUCCUGAAACAGUGCCUGAUCUAGCAGAGGGAGAAGAGGAGAUCAAUAAGGACAUUGUGAAACUCAAGAAGGGGCUUUAUGAACAGGUGGGAAAAAAGAAAGAUUACUUAUUUGAAAUGGAUAAAGCUGUUCAAAGAGGAAGGGAGAUGGAAGUGCGGGAUCUUGAGCAGGUUGCCAUGAAUAAGCUUGUGGAGAUGGCGUAUAAGAAGCACAUGGCUUGCCGGGGAAGUCAUGCUUCGAAGAGUGGUGUCAACAAGGUUUCAAGGCAAGUUGCUAUGGCUUUUGUGAACCGAACUCUUGCAAGAUGUCAAAAGUUUGAGGACACUGGAAUAAGUUGCUUUAGUGAGCCUGCAUUGCGGGAUGUCCUUUUGGCCACCAGCAAUGAUGCUAAAACUGUUGACUGUGUUGAGGGGGCUGCCACAAAUUUGUAUGCAGCAGGUAGUAGCUGUCAACCUGAGGCUAGGGCAUCAGCCACAGGUGCCUUUUCCAGUAUGGUUGAGCGAAAUGGUCCUCACAGUGAUAAGCUUGAGAGGGGUUCAUCAGGCACAUUUCACAUUCUUGCUCACUCAUCGGACCCAGUUUUUGCGAAACAUGAACCUAUAUUAAACAGGGGGAAGAAGAGGGAAGUGCUGCUUGAUGAUGUUGUUGGCAGUGCGACCUCACGAGUCACAUCAGCUCUUGGAAACGCACUCUUGGGUGGAGCAAAAGGAAAGAGAAGUGAGAGAGAGAGGGAUCUGAACAAGGAUACUUUAUCAAGAAAUUCUGCAGCCAAAGGUGGCCGUCCAUUGGGUAAUUUUAGGGGUGUCCGAAAAAAUAAAACAAAACCCAAACAAAAGACAGCUCAAUUAUCAACUUCAGGAAAUGGACUUCUUGGAAGGCUUGCAGAAACUACUCAUCCUGUGUACCCUUCUGGGGGUGGUUCUAGUGAAACAGUGACUCGUGGCAGCGUUAAAGCAAGUGGAGAAAUGGGGUUGGUGUCCCCUGGUAACACUCAGUCUAAAGAGACUGGGGAACCUGUUGACUUUCCAAAUUUGCCACUUCAUGAAUUAGAUCCCAUAGAAGGACUAGGUGUAUCAAAUGACCUUGGUGGGAACCAAGAUCUCAGUUCAUGGUUGAACUUCGAUGAAGAUGGCUUGCAAGACCAUGAUUCAAUGGGCCUCGAAAUACCUAUGGAUGAUCUUUCAGAUUUAAAUAUGCUUAUCUGAGUACUGCCCACUGUAAAUCCUGUGCAUUGUUCAAGAGAUUAUUUAAGAGUGCUAGAGCUGCUGUUGAGAGACAACUAACUUCUUAAAUCAUGUCUUAUUAAGUUGGCAGUUGUAAUUAUGGUAGUCCAUUCUUUUGUAUACUUCUUUGAAGAAGUUGUUGACAAGAGUCUUGAAUGUUUAUGUGAAGCGAAAGUUCUGUCCUUAUAUCAAAAUAUAACUUGUGUAAA